GCCAGCAGCGGGCAGGCCAACCUUGGGCGUCCGGAGGCCGGCGGCGUCGCGGGAGGGGGAAGCGCUGGACCCGCCUCCUCCCGUUCGUGAGUGGCGCGGCAGCUCUGGAGGGGCGGGCGCGAGGCAGCUCUGCGCGCUGUGAUUGGCUCUGUGCUUUUUUUACUCUUUGAUUCUUCCGGCUUUCAAUUGGGCGCGGGGCGACAGCAGGGGCGGGCUUUCCUCGUCGCCCUCUCUGAUAGGCGGAAUGGCCGGAGGGCCGCCUCCGCUCCUCUCCGGGCUCCUCCUACCCCGCUUCCUCUGCUCCGGCUGUUGCGCUGCGAACCGGGGAACCGCCGCCGGUUUCCUGCCGGAGAACAAUAGCUGCUCCGUCACAUCCGGGGCGCGGACAGCGCUGCCGUUCAUCCCGGGGUGCCUCUGCGGCUCCGGCGCUGGGAACGGACGCGUUUGGGGGACCUGCAGCCGCUGGGAAUUAGUGCUGCUAGGUUCCGCCGCUUGCAGAGUGCUGCACGUUCCGACUUGUUGAGCUCGGGAGGGGCGGAGCGUUAGCUGGAGUAGUGAGAGCCAAGCUCCUUGUUGGAGGUAGCUGGUAACAGCGUGAGAUGCCGGUGCUAGUCACGCCGGUGACUAACAGGGCCGUAUAAAGCCUGUGUGUGCUUCACGUGUCAGCAUGCGUCUUCGGAAUGGAUUUGUUCAAGUGCCCAGGGGUGGCAAAACGGCAAUGUCAGCGCAGAAAUGGACAGCAUCGAGAUCUCUUAAACCAAAACACCACCCCCAACAACAGCAAAACACUUUAAGAAAUAAUUCUCUACAGCUUUAGCAAAGACGUUUGCGUAUGGGUUGAUGAUUUCCACUCAGUGAGCUGGGGUGAGAUUCCAUAUUUGUGUGCAUCUUGCUCAUCUGAGCCAGAAUGGACUCACCUGGGAAAAAGGAAAGCUGUGAGCAGAACGAUGACAGAGGUGUCUGUGAAGCCAAGUCCUCGUGAGUUAGGAUGGCUGAGUGUGUAGAUUCUGAAGGACUUGGAUGACUACUAUGAAAAGUUCAAACGAGAGAAUGACGCUGUGCAGAAGAGAAGAAUGCUGCACUGCAUUCAGAGGGCACUGAUUCGGAGUCAGGAGCUGGGAGAUGAGAAGAUCCAAAUCGUCAGUCAGAUGGUAGAGCUGGUCGAGAACAGAUCCAGGCAAGUGGACAGCCAUGUGGAACUGUUUGAGACUUGCCAAGAGACUAAUGACACCACUGGAAACAGUGGGAAAGCCAGCCAGGAUAAGUCAAAGAAUGAGACAAUCGCUCAAUCUGAGAAGCCCAACAACAAGAGGUCGAGGAGGCAAAGAAAUAAUGAGAAUCGAGAAAAUGCUUCAAAUAAUCAUGACCACGAUGACAUCACUUCAGGAACUCCAAAGGAGAAGAAAGCAAAAACGUCCAAGAAGAAGAAACGAUCCAAGGCUAAAGCGGAGCGGGAAGCUUCUCCCCCAGACCUCCCCAUUGAUCCUAACGAGCCAACAUACUGCUUAUGCAACCAAGUCUCUUAUGGAGAAAUGAUAGGAUGCGAUAAUGAUGAGUGCCCCAUUGAGUGGUUUCACUUUUCGUGUGUGGGACUCAAUCACAAACCGAAGGGCAAGUGGUACUGCCCCAAAUGUAGAGGAGAAAAUGAGAAAACUAUGGACAAGGCGUUGGAGAAAUCUAAAAAAGAAAGGGCCUACAACAGGUAGUUUCUAGACUUUUCGUGGAAAAGAAAAAGAAAACCACCAAACCAGUGUAUUUAUUGUCAGUGUCACCUUUGUUGAGGUGAAAGGAUUGUAAAAUGUAUAUUUUUAAAGGAGGUUUAAAACUGAACCAUUCCUGUUACAGGGACGGCAAUAAAAGCAGUUUUGUUUUUCACUUGGUAAGCUGUAACAAGAAUAUGGUCUGUGGACCAAUGUAUUCCAAAAGUGAAGUUAUAAGAGUUCAAACUAAAUAUCCAGGUGGGUCUUAAAAGAUAAAUGAAUAAAUCACUUUUUUUUUUUUUUUUUUUUUUUUUCCUCCCAGUGCUUGUAGCACAGCAACCAUUACAAUGUUGACGGCGAAUAUUUCUGAAAUGUAAUUUCUUUUUCCUUAUGGAAGAAUGUUACUUAACAUUUGAGCAGAAUUGUUAAAAUAGUUGAGCCCUCUGGUUGUAUCUGAAUAAAGCUGCAGUAUAUUACACAUGUCAUUUCUUUCGGUGAUGAGCAGUGCAAGGUCAAACUGAAGGAGGGUACAAUUUGGUUCCUGCUACGAAGUGCCAGUAUAACAGUUCGACAGCAAACAUUUUAAUAGGCUUAGGGGAUUAUUGAAAAGAAAAGCCAGUGGUUCAAUUUUACACGGCAGAUAUUUUAUAUUCUGGCCGAGUACCACGAGAACAAUUUUAAAAUGAUUGAAUAUGUUUUAUAUUUAACCAGGAAGUGGUUUAGUAAUGACUUAACAUAAAUGAAGCUUUAUACUGUCACCGAUAGUAGUGUAGCAAUCCUUAAUUUGUUUAAGUUGUAUAAAUGUACAUUUUUAAGUGGAAUUGCACUUAAUGUAUUAUACUUGGAAGUGCAGCCAAAUGCCAUUGUGUAACCAAUGUGCAUUUCCUGCUGUUAUGUAUGAAAAUUGUACAGCGGUGAUAUUAAGAAAUAAAUGAAACAACUUUGACAGUUUGCUUCUUAGCAA